GAAAUAAUAGUGAUUUGUUUAUCAAAUUUUUGUAAAUUUAUUUUUCGAAAUGUUUUUCGUGGCGAUAUCGUGAAAUGUUUGGUGCAUAAAUUUUGAAAAAUUUCCUGCCGGGUUCGUAUUGUGUUCAAAAUCUCAAUAUGGCAAUUACACAUUGUAAAUAUAAAGAAAUAGUUUUGGUGUGCAUCGUUUUGUUUAAUUUGGUGAUCACAAAUGCGUACACUGGUCCGGAUUUACGGGGAAGUUAUUGUGCUAGUCGUAGAAAUGGAUGUUGCCGAGGAAGACAAGACGAAUGUUCUGCUCCAAUUAAAGAUACUUUGUGCUAUUGCGAUGACUUUUGUAAUAGAACACGGAACGAUGAUUGUUGUCCAGAUUUCCUCCCUUACUGCAAAGGAAUCCAGGAACCAGAACCACCGGCCAACAUUACUUUAAGAUUUUGUAGAACUAAUAGGCUUGGAGAAGUCUACCAAGAUGGAGAAAUAGUCAAGAAUAAUUGUAAUGAAUGUAAAUGCCAAGAAAUAAAAGGUGAAAUGGAACUCAUGUGUGAAAGUCAUCAAUGUCUCAUCGAUGAACAACUUGUAGGAGAAAUAAAUUCACGUUCCCGGUUUUAUGGUUGGCGUGCUUCAAAUUAUUCUGAAUUUUGGGGUAGAAAGUACGAAGAAGGACUAUCAUUACGGUUAGGACUACUGCAUUCGAGAAAAAAAGUGAUGCAAAUGCAACCCUUAAGACAUCCUGUCAAUGUGAGAGAACUCCCUAGAAGUUUUGAUGCUAGAGCUAAUUGGCCCGGACGUAUAUCUUUACCAAGGGAUCAAGGAUGGUGCGGCGCUUCUUGGGUAUUCUCCACAGUAUCUGUGGUAUCUGAUCGAUUAGCUAUUAUGACUCGUGGAAACGAUCAUACCAUUUUAUCCCCGCAACAUUUGCUCAGUUGCAAUAGUCGUAAUCAGCGUGGAUGUCAAGGUGGUCACUUGACUAGAGCUUGGACAUUUAUUCGAUACUAUGGGUUAGUUUCUGAUGAAUGUUAUCCCUGGGAAGGUUCAUUAUCAGAUUGUCGUGUUACUCGACAUAAGAAACCAAUGGAUGCACCAUGUCCUAGUUCAUAUGGCGUGGAAAGAGCUGAACUACACAGGGUUGGUCCUGUUUACAGAUUAGGCACUGAAGAGGAUGUGAUGUAUGAAAUCUUACACUCUGGUCCUGUACAAGCGAUCAUCAAAAUUUCUCGGGAUUUCUUUUCUUAUAAUUCAGGAAUUUAUAGAUGCACUAGGAUUUCUGCUAAUUCUGACAGAUUAGGCCAUCAUGCCGUACGUAUCAUUGGAUGGGGAGAAGAGGUGUUGAAUAAUGAAAUAGUGAAAUAUUGGAUUGUUUCAAAUUCUUGGGGCACCUGGUGGGGAGAAAAUGGCUUUUUCCGUAUCCGCAGAGGUUCUAAUGAAUGUGAAAUUGAAGAUUUCAUUCUAGCAGCUUGGGUAAAAAUUGACAAAGUCAACACUAUUUAUAACACUGUGAAAUCCUAAAAAAAUAGUAUUAUUCCAUUUUAAACUGAAAUUACCUGUAGACCAUAAAUUACUUGUUUAAUCUAAUGUAUAAAAAGAACAUUGACAUCUGACACAUGUAUAAUUAUUUUAUAAUUCGUUUUCGUACCUCGUACGUAUAGUAGGUGCCUAUGUAUUGUACAUAUGUACCAUCUUUUGGUGUUUGAAAAACACAAGUACUUACCUACCUGUGGUUUACGAUUUUGAGUUUUGAGCAUUUAAUACAUAGAUAUAUUGUAGUCUUACUUAUAUGGUAGAUACAGUAAUUUUUUAUAAACAAUUUUUCUUUUUAAUUUUUGUUUUGUGAUCGUUGUUGUACAUAAUUGUUAUUGAUAGUGGAACAAAUGUAAGAUUUUAUCGCUGUUCAGUGGAGUGAUUUUUCCUUAUUCUCGAAACCCGCUUUUACAUUGUAGUAAUAUGUUGUAUUUUACUUAUUUGCUUUAAAAUGAUUUGAUCAGUUUUUUAUGAAUUUUGUAAGUGUAGAUUGAUCAAAUUAAUCAAUAAUAAACUGCCAUUUUAUUGCUUUUAUAA